GACCAAAUAAGAAAAGAAAGGGAAGGGCAGGCCAAAACGGAGCUCGAAAUCAGCAGCCAUGGGACUGAUUAAGGUAGCCAUCGGAGAUGCCUUGUUGACAUCGAUGUGGGUGUUUUCCAUGCCGGUUAUGAAGAUCUUCACCGCCAAAAUAGCCACUUUUCUCGGCGUCCAAGCGCUGCCUCUGGCGGCUCGCUUCAUCUCCACAGUCUUGGUCAGCAUUCUAGUCAUAACUUUCUCCGCCAUCGGGGAAAACUUCGGCGGCGCGAGCUUCAACCCCGCCGCUUCCCUCACUUUCCAUGCCGCCGGUCUCAGGAAAAACGCCUCCUUCCUCUCCAUGGCAGUUCGCUUCCCAGUCCAAGCCGCCGGUGGAGUCGCCGGAGUCAAAGCAGCUCUAGAGUUCAUUCCGGUACCAUAUAGAAAGAACCUGACCGGACCUUCCCUGAAAGUAGAUUUACACACCGGCGCCAUCGCCGAAGGAGUGUUUACAUUUGUCCGAAGCUUUGCUUUGUUGAUGAUAAUAUUCAAGGGUCCAAAGAACAACUUGAUAAAGCAGUGGUUGGUGUCUGUAACGACGGCGGUUCUGGUGAUAACGGGAUCCAAUUUCACGGGAGCUCCGAUGAAUCCGGCAAGUGCUUUCGGGUGGGCGUAUGUGAAUAAUCGGCAUAAUUCUUGGGAACUUUACUAUGUUUAUUGGAUCGGAGCUUUGAUCGGGGCGGCUUCCGGUGCCUGGGUUUUCAGAUUCUUGGUUUCUCUGCCAUCGCCGCCACCAACCAAGCAGAAAAAAGCUUGAAUUGUAGGUUAAAUUUAUUCAGUAUUUCGAAUAAGAUUUAUUUCCAUUUUUCUUGGA